UUAUUGUGGCACGCUCCUUCCUCUCCUCCCUUCCAUGCUAAGCAACAAGCCGACUUAGCCAGCUCGCGAGACGAGCUCUUUAAACACCUUCUCGUGUGAUUAUUAUGAAUUGAUUGAUCCUUGUGGUAUAUUUUAUUUCUCCACAGUCCAGAUAACAAGCCAAGUAACAAAAUGAACAUACGAAACGCGAGGCCGGAAGACCUGAUGAAUAUGCAGCACUGCAACCUGCUGUGUCUCCCAGAAAACUACCAGAUGAAGUACUAUUUCUAUCACGGGUUGUCCUGGCCUCAGCUCUCAUACAUUGCAGAGGACGAAAAUGGCAAAAUUGUGGGAUAUGUGCUGGCAAAGAUGGAGGAGGAUCCUGAUGAUGUACCCCAUGGACACAUCACUUCUCUGGCUGUGAAGCGCUCCCACAGACGUCUUGGCCUGGCUCAGAAGCUGAUGGACCAGGCCAGCCGGGCCAUGAUAGAAAACUUCAAUGCUAAAUAUGUCUCACUUCAUGUUCGCAAAAGCAACCGAGCAGCCUUGCACCUGUACUCAAACACACUCAAAUUCCAGAUUAGUGAGGUAGAGCCUAAAUACUAUGCUGAUGGGGAGGAUGCCUACGCCAUGAAAAGAGAUCUGGCCCACAUGGCCGAUGAGGUCCCACAGCUUAGGAAGCCCGGAGUGCGUGUCACGGGCCAGGAGGCCCCAUCUGGCCAGAGCCCAUCAGGGUCUGGUGACCAGGAGAGAGAGAACGAGAGAGACAGCGGCGGAGAGAGCAAAGAGCUGAGUGAAGUCAGCGAGGCGACGGAAAGCACAGACGUUAAAGAUUCUUCUUCUGAUUCACAAUGACGCUGCAGUCCUAGACAUUUUUAAAUUCAUCCUUCACCUCCUCUUUUUAUCUCGAUUUGACAAUAUGUCCAGGCUUUGCAAACUGUGACUAGCUGUGCGUCAAAGCCUCUCCCACAUUUCCAUCGCUGGUUUUUCUUAAAUCUUGCUUUCCGCUGCAGUGAUGAACCUAAAGUCUGGGAUAAUGACGUGAAUCAGGGUGUUAUCUAAAUGAAACUAAAAUGAGUAACUGGUCUCAAUGUUUUUUAUUGGAUUGCUGUUGUCAUUACCAAAAGUGGCCCAAAGUUCUGUGAGAUUUAGAGAAUUGAAAACAACUUUUCAGGUUGUCUCAAUGUGGUCUCUUAAUUAUUUAACAGAAUUACUGCAAAUAAAUCUUUCAAAUAAUA